GGCGUGACGGCUUCCGGCGGGCGGCGCCGCGCGGUGCUGACGCGGCGCAGCGAGCGGAGCGGAGCGGUCCCGGCCCGGCCCGGCGCGGCCGCACCAUGGUGGCCAAGCAGCGCAUCCGCAUGGCCAACGAGAAGCACAGCAAGAACAUCACGCAGCGCGGGAACGUCGCCAAGACCUCGAGGACGGCCCCGGAGGAGAAGGCGUCGGUCGGGCCCUGGCUGCUGGCGCUGUUCAUUUUCGUGGUCUGCGGAUCAGCCAUCUUCCAGAUCAUCCAGAGCAUCCGCAUGGGCAUGUGAGCCCCCGCCCCGCCGCGCAUUCCAGGCCCUUCGCCGCCAUUCCGAGUGUCCCAGCCCGUGCCACAGUGCCUUGAGCAGCACCACAUGUACACAGCAAUAAAGUUCUGUUGUUGAGCCCCAAUCGUGGACCUGCUUAUUCAGCAACGUAUCCUUCGUGCUCACGUAGACGUGUCAGACUGUGCGCAAUGUAGGUACGUAGGGACCGACGCCUGCUGUCAGCACCGCUCUCAGAUCUGUAGGAGCCGCUGUCCCUCUGGAGACGGUUCUGUUUGAAGUCGGCAGCCGGGAUCUCUGUAGCAGCCAGAGCACGAAAGCAGAGCAUGCUCCUGGCGAGCGGCCGGCGCCCUGCAGCCCAGCGCCGUGUGCGGGGCAGAGCUGCAGCGUGUGGCACCGCGUUGGCACUCGGGCAUGUAUCGCGACAGAAAACCUUACCCUGUACUUCCCGUCCUAACCCAUACGAAUGCCUGUUUGUAUAGAGCCGGGGGGUGGUCCCUACCCCGAGCCAGCAUGGCCACGCAGCAGCUCUUCCCGACAUCGCCCGAUGCGGGGGUUCCACAAACUGUUUGUGCGCAAGGGCACGCGCUCUCAAGCUGCUCCCGGCCGUGGGCUGCAGCGGCGCUGUAUGUACUUCUUGGAAACCUGCCACCGAGUUGUGGGGUUCGGUCCUAAAAUGCUGUGUGGGGAUAGGGAUGCUUUGUGCAGGUACCGGGGACCCUCCCCCUCCAACCCUCAGUUCUGCUUUUGUGUGCACCAUCGGCAGAGUAUAGUAUGUCUCGCAAUAUGUAUUCUAAUUGUAUUUAAGGUAAAUCCUGCUUUCACCUUGAUGUCAUCCAGCGAUGGAUCCAGUGCUAAGCUGCCUCCCUCUGGAUGACUGCAGUUCCUUCUUAGUAGUGCUGAAAAACAGAAACCAAACCCUCCUUACCUGUAUAGAAGAAUGUAACUUAAAUCACAAUGGAAAGUGCUGCUAUUGAUCAUUCCUUAUUGCUGAUGGCCUCGGCUCUGUGGCGGCCUCCUGCUGUCUGUUGCGGUAAACAAAGCGGUCUGAAAUAGGUCUGCUGUUGCAUGCAGUUGCUAAAGGAAGAUUUCUUUUUUUCAGGUUUCUUAGAAGACAUUUAAAAUCCGGUUACAUUAGUAGUAAUAGAAACGAGUUUCUAUAGAGAUGAAUUCCAUGUCUUUUAGCUGUGAAGGAGCAGACUUUUUGCUGGUUGUCAUAUUUCCAUCUGAAAUCGUUGGAAGUGGUGUAAAGCGGUGUGGCCCAGGCCACGCCCCAGAACCAGGCUGUGCGACACGACGACAUUCCUUAUUCCUGGAAGCUCUUAUUUUGUAAUCGAUGGGGGAGGGGAAGUCUGUAUAAUCUCUGAUUUUAAAUAAAGUUCUUCUCAAACGCGA